UCUUCCUCUUCCUCUUCCUCUACUCCUCCUCUCUACUUCCAUUCUCUCAUCUCCUCUACUCAUCUCCUCUACUCACCUCCUCACCUCCUCUACUCACCCUCGCCAUGGCCCACCGCGACGUAAAACGCCAUCUCCUCUUCGAGAUCUCCACCGAGGUCGCGAACAGAGUCGGUGGCAUCUACUCCGUCAUCAAGUCCAAAGCUCCCAUCACCACCGCAGAGUACCGCGACAGAUACACCCUCAUCGGUCCCCUCAAUCGCAAAUCUGCCGCUAUCGAAGUCGAGGAACUCACCCCCACUGAUCCAUACCUCGUCGAAACCCUCCGCUCCAUGUCCGACCGCGGCGUGCAGUACCUCUACGGCCGCUGGCUCAUCGAAGGCGCCCCCCGUGUCCUCCUCUUCGACACCGGCUCCCAGUACUACCACCUCGACGAGUGGAAGACCGAUCUCUGGAACGUCGGCGGCAUUCCCGCCCCUCCCGGCGACGCCGAAACAAACGAGGCCGUCGUCUUUGGCUACCUCGUCGCCUGGUUCCUCGGCGAGUUUGUCUACCACGACCGCACCCGCGCCGUCGUCGCCCACUUCCACGAGUGGCUCGCCGGCGUCGCGCUCCCGCUCUGCCGCAAGCGCCGCAUCGACGUCACCACCAUCUUCACCACCCACGCUACCCUCCUCGGCCGCUACCUCUGCGCCGGCUCCGUCGACUUCUACAACAACCUCCAGUACUUUGACUGCGACGCCGAGGCCGGCAAGCGUGGCAUCUACCACCGCUACUGCAUCGAGCGUGCGGCCGCGCACUCGGCCGACGUCUUCACCACCGUCUCCCACAUCACCGCGUACGAGUCCGAGCACUUGCUCAAGCGCAAGCCCGACGGCGUGCUUCCCAACGGCCUCAACGUCGUCAAGUUCUCGGCCGUGCACGAGUUCCAGAACCUGCACCAGGUCGCAAAGUCAAAGAUCAAUGACUUCAUCCGCGGCCAUUUCUACGGCCACUACGACUUUGAUCUCGACAACACGCUCUACAUGUUCACCGCGGGUAGAUACGAGUACCGAAACAAGGGCGUUGAUAUGUUUAUCGAGUCCCUCGCGCGCCUGAACCACCGCCUAAAGACCGAGAACUCGUCCAAGACGGUCGUGGCGUUCAUCAUCAUGCCUGCCGCGACGCACUCCUACACCGUCGAGACCCUCAAGGGCCAGGCCGUCAUGAAGGCCCUGCACGACACCGUCAACGAGAUCCAGGAGGCGGUCGGCCGGCGACUGUUUGAGCGCUCGGCGCGUCACAACGACGACUCGGGCAAGGACUUUUCCGAGGACCUCAACGAUCUCUUGACGGGAAGCGAAAAGGUGUUGCUGAAGCGCCGCGUGUUUGCGCUCAAGCGCAGCACGAUGCCGCCGAUCGUGACGCACAACAUGGCCGACGACGCCAACGACCCGAUCUUGAACCAGAUCCGGCGCGUGCAGCUGUUCAACAACUCGUCGGACCGCGUCAAGAUCGUGUUUCACCCCGAGUUCCUCAAUAGCAACAACCCGAUCCUGUCGCUUGACUACGACGACUUUGUGCGCGGAUGCCAUCUCGGCGUCUUCCCGUCUUACUACGAGCCCUGGGGAUACACGCCUGCCGAGUGCACGGUGAUGGGAGUACCCUCGAUCACGACCAAUCUCUCGGGCUUUGGAUGCUACAUGGAGGAGUUGAUUGAAAACACCUCCGACUACGGCAUCUACAUCGUCGACCGUCGCUCCAAGGGCAUCGACGACUCCAUCAACCAGCUCACGGACUACAUGUUCCAGUUCUCGCUCAAGUCCCGCCGCCAGCGCAUCAACCAGCGCAACCGCACCGAGCGCCUGUCCGAUCUCCUAGACUGGAAGCGCAUGGGUCUCGAGUACAUCAAGGCGCGCCAGCUUGCGCUGCGACGCGCGUACAGCUCGUCGUUUGACGAGGAGGACGAGGACUACAACUCCUUCUUUGACGGGACCGAGAUGAAGCUCUCGCGCCCGCUGUCUGCCCAGGCCUCGCCGCGCGACCGGUCGGGGAUGAUGACGCCGGGAGAUUUCGGGUCGCUGCAGGAGGUCCGCGAGGGACUCGACACGGAUGAUUAUGUCGGGUUCAAGUUGCCAGAAGAAGACGAGGACGAGCCGUACCCGUACCCGCUCUCGUUGAAACGGCCGACCGCGGUAGGCGUGCAGACCAACGGCGAGAAGCAGUAGAUGCAUAUUGAAGAAAAGACAAGAAAAGACUUUGUAAAGAAAGAAAGAAGUGUAAAGACUAGGACGAGCCGGGCAUUUACCUACAUUAGACUAUCUGAUUUUAAUGUUUUUUGUGAGAUUUUAGUGUAAAGAUGAUUGAGAGGUGAUCUGUAAUUGAGUGUGUGUGUGUGAACACGAGAGUGUGUUUGUUGGUUUGUAAUUAUUUUAGUCUCAUUUGAUUUGUUCUUCUUAAUUCUUAUUCAUAUUCAUAUUAUAUCCAUAUACAUAACAUAAUAGUAAUCCAAUUCCGUCAACC